CUUAGCAGUGGUCCUAAAUCAGUGCCUUGUUCGUAGAGACCCCAUUCGUGGACUCCUACUCCACCUCCUACACAAAACCUACGAAAGCUUUGUUACAGCACAGGGCAGUUUUAGAGAUCACUUGAGGAGCCAUGAAGCAUUUGUUCUUGGUGGUUUUGGGCUCGCUGCUGUCUCCUCAGCGGGCACACAGCAGGGCUAAUUGCAAGCCAGUAACAUCCAGCUUUUGUCAAGGUUUGGGCUACACCACGACAGCGCAUCCGACCGGAGUGCUGGGCUUCAACCUGCGAGAGACCGGGCAGAUCGUGGAGGCCGCUUGCUCACCGAACGUGGCCGUGCUCAUGUGUCGGGUCGUCGUGCCCGAGUGUGGCUCGGAGGAGAGCAGCCAGAUGAAGCCGUGCAGAGCUCUCUGUGAGAAGGUCAAGACAGACUGCGACUCCGCCCUCAAGGCCAAGAGGCUGCUCUGGCCAACGAGGCUCCGAUGUGAAACUUUACCACAGUCCAACUGUGUGCAGGGUCAAGACACCAGUGUGCCUGAAACACCUCCUGCAUCCUGCCAGACAAUCACUGUCCCCGUCUGCAGUGACCUGUCUUACACCGAGACCGUCCUGCCCAACGUCCUGGGCCACGCGACUCAGGAAGAGGCAGGAAUGGCUCUACAAGUGUUUGCACCACUUAUACAAGUCGGGUGCUCCACCCACCUGAAGCCUUUGUUGUGCUCCGUCUACACUCCCAAGUGUUUGUCGGGAACCCCUCGACCUCCCUGCAGAACGCAAUGCGAGCAGGCGAGGUCCGGCUGCGAAUCGCUGAUGAACAAGAUCGGCUUACAGUGGCCAGAGGCCCUCAGGUGUGAGGUGUUUACCACGGAGUCCUGUGAACACGUUCAAGGCUUCGGUGUUAUUCAAACAUCCACCGCAUCAUGUCAGACAAUCACAGUCCCUCUCUGCAGAGACCUGCCUUACACCGAGACCGUUCUGCCCAACAUCCUGGGCCACAAAACUCAGGAGGACGCAGGCCUGGAAGUGCAUCAGUUCGGUCCGCUUGUAAAAGUGGGGUGCUCCACUCAUCUGAAGCCUUUCUUGUGCUCCGUCUACACUCCCGAGUGCGUGUCAGGAACACCUCGACUCCCUUGCAGAACGGUCUGCGAGCAUGCGCGGUCCGGCUGUGAAUCUCUGAUGAACAAGUUUGGCUUCCAGUGGCCGGAUUCCCUCAAGUGUGAAGCGUUGACCACGGAGUCCUGUGAACACUACGGCGUGGGCAGCAGCGGAGGGAUCUGUGAGCCCAUCACCAUCCCGAUGUGCCAGGGCCUGUCCUACAACCAGACCAUCAGUCCAAAUCUGCUGGGACACACAAGUCAAAGGGAAGCGGUGGGGAAGAUGUCCUUUUUCAACUCGUUGGUACAAACAAUGUGCUCGGUGGACAUACGCCUGUUCGUGUGCAUGGUGUACGCCCCCAAGUGUUUAGCGGGGGAAGUGCAGCGGCCCUGCAGGUCUUUCUGCGAGAGGGCCAAACAGGGCUGUGAGAGUUUGAUGAUGAGCUUUGGCGUUUCCUGGCCAGAUGAGCUGCAGUGUAACUCGUUCCCAGAAGACAAAUGUAUAUCGGAAGACAGCAGGCCUGAGAUGUUAAAUGCUGAAGGACUUCUCGCUAAACUGAUCGCCGGGGGCUACUCUGUUCGUGGCAAAACGCUGAGUCUCAAGACAGCCCAUCUGCUGUUGACUCUCAUGGACGCAGACAAGACCGGAGACCUGAAUGUGGUGGAGGUCUUCAAACUGGAGACCUACGUGGCUGUUCUCAGGAGGGAGUAUGUGGAGAGCUACGAGACGAGGACCCCACCCUCCGUCACCCAAACCCAAUUGAAAAAGGCUCUGUCUCUCCGUGAAUUCGAUUUAGAAGAUAAAACCUUCAGAGUUCUGUGGCAAGAGAACCGCUCCAAAGACGGGAUCAACUACGAUGAGUUUGUGGCCGUCCUGACGAAACUUCAGAUCCUCAAAGAGCGUUUCCAGGCUCAUCUGCUGAGUUUGCCGUGUGACUGCCACGUCGCCAGCUUCUCUUUCAAGCAGUUCAUGACAUCAGCGAUAAUCUGAAGAUCAAACCGGAGGAGAGAAAUCAGAAGUGAAUGUGUUUAGAGCUGUAAGGAUCACAUAUGUGGUUAUUCAGGAUCAUCUUCAUCAUCCUCAUUCUUAAAGUUCAGGAACAUUUAUCGUCGAUGUCUGAAGUUCAUAUUUAGUAGGUUUUUAUGUGUGUGCUUGUGUAUGUUCAGAUCACAUAUACAGAAAAAGUGUU